AUGUCAAAAAAGAGGUCUGGUGGCUUGUUUGGGCGGAGGAAGCCAGGGAGCGGCGGCGGAGGAGGCCGGGGAGGGUUGCAACGGCGGGGAGCUCCAGUAGAGGCGGCGACCGGGGAGAAUUCCGGCGGCGGAGGAGGCCGGGGAGGGCUGCAGCGGCGGGGAGCUCCAGCAAAGGUGGCGGUAGGGAGAUCUAUAGCGAUGGAUGAGCGCAGCGGUGGGGGCCAGGGAGGAGGCAGAGGGUUGCAGGUGGCGGUAGGCCGGUCAGGUGGCGGGAGGCCGGUAGGCGGUCGGGGAGCUGGGGGCCGCAGGCGGUGCAAGGCCGCAAGGAGUGGAGGCCGAGGGCGUGGGGAGCGAAGGGCCACAUGUGGGAGCUGUGGCUAG